GACGUACAAAAAUUUUAGCGCAUGUGCUUUUGCCUGUAUAUAUAUUAUGGCAUAAAUGCCAUUCCGCGGUGCAAGUUAGUGCAGGUGUUGCUUUAUAUUAAUUUAGUAGUAGCUUUUCGUUUCUCAAUCAAAAUACGUUUUCUUCCUUGAUAAAAAGUAGAAAGGGAAGAAAAUGUGGAAAUUUAUAGUUCGUGGAAUUCAAUCGACAAUAGAGCGACGUAUUUGUCGCACCAAUAUUUACUCACAAUCGUCACAAGAUAACCCAACAAAUGAUGUCAAAACAAAUUUGACAAGCCAACAAAAUUUGCUUUCUUCAACUUUUACCUUUUGCGACAAGAAUUUUUGUGAAUGGGCUAAACGCGCUGGUGCUAAAGAUAAGAAAUACAAUUCGGAAUGGAAUGCCAGGCAUAGCUGGCCAGAGGCUGUUAGCUGGUCUAGUAUAUUGGCAGCUGGAUGGAUUGUAUGUCAAACACUUGGUUUGCGUAAAAGAAUCGAUGAGAAAGACAGACGUCAAAACUUCAAAAGCAAAUUAUAUAAUUGUGCUAAGGUUCCAUUUAUAUUUUCACAAAUAGCAAAUUUAGAACCAAGGAAUAUCUUUCCAGUCACUGUGUUGGCAAUAACAAAUGUCAACAGUGUUGGCAAUAACAAUUCUAACUUGCAAGAUUCAGAUUUACAAUGGACAUCAGAAAAAGCAUUCGGUCCUGUCACCAUUGAAGAGGCAUUCGAAGAGGCUGCUGAUGAAUUUUCCAAGACCCACAAAGUAGUUGUAGGGCAAUACGAACUCUGUUACGGUAUAAAAGCUUUGAAAGAAAAGCGUCAUGAAGAUGCUUUGAUGCAUUUUUCAAUGGGUGCCAAACAAUCUUCCCCCGGAAGUAUGUUCAACUUAGGUCUUUGUCAUGAAUUAGGCAUUGGAACUGUAGUGGAUCAAAAGAAGGCUGCAGAAUGUUACAAUGACGCCGCAGCACACGAUCAUGCCGAUGCAUUAUAUAAUUUGGGAGUUUUCCAUGCUCAAGGGAAAGGUGGCUUACCAGUUAGCAUUGAUCUUGCGCGUAUUUGUUUUAUUAAAGCAGCAAAAUUAGGUCAGACACAAGCGCAACAAGCGCUUGAUUUAGAAAAAGCUAAGACUCAAUCAAAGAAAAGCAAUACCUCUACUGUACAGAAUAUCAAAUUUACCCAUACAAACUUGCAGAAAAAUAAAAUAGAUGAUGCAUGCGUUAAAUUAAGUAAUUACAUGUUAAGAGAAAACAUUGCUGACAUAUUAAAUGCAAAUUUGGUUGAAAAAUCCACGCGCGAUACGCCAGAAUAUAACGAACAACCAAUCAAAGAUUCUACCCAGAAAAUUUUAAACUUUCUCAGCUUAAAAGAAGCUAGUCAAGGGAUCCUUAUGCUUAACGAUUAUAGUGUGCCAUGUUAAGAAAUACCAAAAUACUUUUAUUAUGCCAGAGUAAGAUUCACCAAAGUUGAGUCAUCUUAAAUAGUUGUUAUAUAAAAGUAUUUUCCGUGUACGUGUGUGUAGUAUAUUUACGAAAUUACGUAUUAUAUUCCUAAGAGAAAGUGCAAGUGCUUGCUCAAUUUGUAAAAUGUUAUAUAUAUAUGUUCGCAAACAUUAUUUUUAUCUUCAUAUUUUUCAUUUCUGUUGAAGAGCAAACAUGUGUAUAUUAUUUAACAUACUCAUUAUCUUGAAGUUAUAAGCAUGGGCAAAAUUAUUAUGACACACUACAAGUGUAUCAAUAAUUGAUUUAAGGAUUUUACGCAACUGCUUAGUAUUAAUGUAACAAUAUUACUUAACUCAUAAUUGAGUUGGAACGUGAUUGUGAUGCAUAAACAUGUAAAAGCAGACGUGAUACGACAUUGAGAAGUUUUAGCGUUGUACACAAACUUCCAAGUUCUAUUAAUAUCUAAUAGAUCGCAAUCGAUAUUUUUAUUACAAAUAUAUUUUAUUGACUCUUACAUAACAAUCUCAUUUUAUCGAUUAAGAUGUUUUAGAUUUAAGAUUCUGACACAAACGACAGUAACGAUUAGCCAUUUGUUUGUAUACUGCGCAGUGUACAAAAUGCGUGUGUGCGAAUAGUCUACAUGGUACAUUAGUACAAAAAUAAAAUCUUUUUAUAAUUUCA